UUUUUUUUGAAGAGCUCAAAUAGAACGACGAUUUGAAGCGCACAGUACAUCGUCAUUGUGAAGGGAGAUAGUCCGUUUCUCUCGGCAGGAUGUCUUCAUUCUUUUCUGUUCCUGGGACGCAAAAGAAACGCAAACGAGAGAAUGAUGGCGCUGCAGGCAGGAGAACCGCGCGACCACGCCCCACUACCAAACCGCAAGCUGCUCCCAAGAAGCCAGUCGAACGCGACGAAGAGAUAUCGUCGGGAAGCGAUGACGAAUCCCAACCUGCUGAAGAUUUCGAGGGAUCUGCCUCAGAAUCCGACGAUGACGAUAAGGACGAAACGGCGGCACAGAAAAGGUUGCGAUUAGCCUCGGAAUAUCUGUCACGUGUACGGCAGGAGGUUGAAGCUACAGGCUGGGAUGCUGAAGAAAUUGACAAAGAUAUGAUAGCUGCGCGACUGGAGGAUGAUGUGGCAGAAAGUAAAGGAAAAGUCUUCCGUCAUGUCGCAUUAGAUAUCGAUCUCGACUCGAAGCCAACCAUGUUCCGAGAUAAUACGCACACAGUGACGUCUGUCGCUAUCUGCUCACCUUAUAUCUACCUGGUCACCAAGGACUCGCAAUUGAUAAAGUACCGUCUACAACCACCACCGGAUGAACAAUAUAAGCAAACUACUCGAAAGAAGCCAAAAAGACAAGCACCGCCGCGGAAAAAGCCCCAGAGGCUUGCUUCGGUGAAAGGGAGACACAAGAGGGCCGGGGAUAAGAAUUUUAAAGGCCAUGUUGGGCAGAUACUGUGUGUUGCUGCCAGCGACGACGGGAAAUUCGUUGUGACAGGUGGCGAUGACAAAAGAAUCGUGGUUUGGGAUUCUUCUCUCAAGCCGUUGCGUGUCUUUACGCACCACAGAGACUCCGUGACCGGGGUGGUCUUUCGCAGGAACUCCCAUCAGUUUUACUCUUGCUCAAAGGACCGUACUAUCAGAGUUUGGAAUUGCGAUGCCCUCGCCUUUGUUGAGAGUCUGUUCGGCCAUGCCGAUUCAGCUCUAGAUGUCGAUGCGCUGGCGUUAGAGCGGCUAGUAUCAGUAGGAGCAAGAGACAGGACAGUUCGCCUCUGGAAAGUGGCGGACGAGACUCAGCUCGUAUUUCGAGCUACUUCUGGAACUGGGGAUAAGAAGAAGGAAAUCAACAGCGGGGUGGAUCCUAAUUCACUUGCUGCAACUGGAAGUCUUGAUCGGGUAGCUUAUAUCGACGAGAGUUAUUUUGUUACAGGAUCCGAUAACGGUUGCAUAUCUUUAUGGACACUGUCCAAAAAGAAGCCGCUUGACACCGUAGUAAGAGCACAUGGAUUAGAGGAUCCUCUACCUCCAUCUGUUGCUAGUUCAGAAGAGAAUCCCUCCUCUAAAGUGGUGCCUCCACCUCAACCCCGAGGCAUCACGAGUCUUCGAGCAUUACCGUACUCUGAUUUGAUCCUUUCUGGCAGUACUGACGGAUUUAUUCGUGUAUGGAAAUUCGACGAAAAAGAAAAGAAACUUGGAAGUGUUGGUAUACUUGGGCAGCCAAGUAAACACAUGAUCACUAACGACCUGAAAACACAAAUAUUGACAGAUACAAUGGAGAUCAGUAAUGGUGAAGAGGAGGAUAGCCAUGUUAAUAAUAUCAAAAGCGCCAACAUGACAGAGGCAAACCCUUAUCAGAUCAAGGGAGUCGUCAACGAUAUAGCCAUCAUAUCAAGAGGCAAGAUGGGCGACAAUGAGACUUUUAGCGUAGUCUGUGCGGUUGGAAAGGAACACCGUCUCGGGAGAUUUAGUUCCGAUAUAAAAGGGGCUAAGAAUGGCGCCGUGGUGUUCGAAUUACGGAAAAAGUCGAGGAAUGGAGUUGCCGAGAGCGUCAACGGAGUUGGGAAGAUACCUAAGACAAAGUGAGGAGUAAAACUGACCUUCUCAGAAAAUACGGCGCCUCAUAAAAUAGACGAGAGGUGCGUCAUUGGUGUAAAGAGCACUCUCUAGAAGACAUUGUACAUAUAUACCAUGCUCAUUCUCAGCGCGUUACAAUUGGCACAAUAACACUUGUGGUACAUCCACGGUUUCAUAAUUAAUACAAAUUAUGAGCACGCA